AUGGAGCCCAGAGUCGACUCAGGUGCUGCAAAGAUCGAACUCUGCCAACGAACCUCCCGGGCAUGCAGCAGACCCCAGAUUGGCAGACAGCACCCAGCAUCUAGAGACGGAGCCGGUGCCAUGUCAGUCAAGCUGAUGAUAACUUGGUCAGAGCCGCUCAAGAUCGCCCGGCAUCAGCCUGAUGUGAUGGAAAGAAAUGCCAGCUACCUUCGCACCUUGUACCAUGAUGCAGGUGUUCACGCACCACCUGUAAUGAAGUGGACCUUCAUGGCAAACCCCAUGCAGAGCUACACCGGAAACAAGGAAGAGGUGUUUAGCAAGGUGAACUUUCAUGAGUCGAAGCAGCAGGUUUACUGGAAGCAUCGCUUGCGCCAAGCUUUUUCAACAAAGACCCAAGAUGAUGCAGUGCAUAGGUACGCGCUGUUCUUUGCACAUGGAACCAACACGGCAGGCGCGGAGGGAAUUCUGAACAGGCGAUACUUAGCCCCAACCGCCCUGGCAGUCGGGCAUUACAGUCAGGCUACAAAUUAA